GGUGGGGCGAGGCGAGGCUUGCUAAGGAGAGGCGGCGGCCGGGCCGGGCCACAGGCUGUGGCGGCGGGACCAUGGAAGCGGCUGCCGCUGCUCCUCGUCCCCUGCUGUUCCCCCUUGUGCUGGCGGCGGCGGCGGCGACGCUGGUCCCGGGGGCGACGGCAUUACAGUGUUUCUGCCACCUUUGCACAAAAGACAAUUUUACUUGUGUCACAGAUGGGCUCUGCUUUGUCUCUGUCACAGAGACCACAGACAAGAUUAUACACAAUAGCAUGUGUAUAGCUGAAAUUGACUUAAUUCCUCGAGACCGACCAUUUGUAUGUGCACCGUCUACAAAAACUGGGUCAGUCACCACACCGUACUGCUGCAAUCAGGACCACUGCAAUAAAAUAGAGCUCCCGACUGUUGGAAAGCCGUCCCCAGGCCUCGGUCCCGUUGAACUGGCGGCUGUCAUUGCUGGGCCAGUCUGCUUUGUGUGCAUCUCACUCAUGUUGAUGGUCUAUAUCUGCCAUAACCGCACCGCCAUCCACCAUCGAGUGCCAAAUGAAGAGGACCCUUCGUUAGAUCGCCCUUUUAUUUCAGAGGGCACCACGUUAAAAGAUUUAAUUUAUGAUAUGACAACAUCAGGGUCUGGAUCAGGUUUACCAUUGCUUGUUCAGAGAACAAUUGCGAGAACUAUUGUAUUACAAGAAAGUAUUGGCAAAGGUCGAUUUGGAGAAGUUUGGCGAGGAAAGUGGAGAGGAGAAGAAGUUGCUGUUAAAAUAUUCUCCUCUAGAGAAGAGCGUUCAUGGUUCCGUGAGGCAGAGAUAUAUCAAACCGUAAUGUUACGUCAUGAAAACAUCUUGGGAUUUAUAGCAGCUGACAAUAAAGACAAUGGUACAUGGACUCAGCUCUGGUUGGUAUCAGAUUAUCAUGAGCAUGGAUCCCUUUUUGAUUAUUUGAACAGAUACACAGUUACUGUGGAAGGAAUGAUAAAACUCGCUCUGUCCACAGCAAGUGGACUUGCCCAUCUUCAUAUGGAGAUUGUCGGUACCCAAGGAAAACCAGCCAUUGCUCACAGAGAUUUGAAAUCAAAAAACAUCUUGGUAAAAAAGAAUGGAACUUGCUGUAUUGCAGACUUGGGGCUGGCAGUUAGGCAUGAUUCAGCCACAGAUACAAUUGAUAUCGCUCCAAAUCACAGAGUGGGAACAAAAAGGUACAUGGCCCCUGAAGUUCUAGAUGAUUCCAUAAAUAUGAAACACUUUGAAUCCUUCAAGCGCGCUGACAUCUAUGCAAUGGGCUUAGUGUUCUGGGAAAUAGCCCGAAGAUGUUCCAUUGGUGGAAUUCAUGAAGAUUACCAGCUGCCUUACUAUGAUCUUGUACCCUCCGACCCAUCAGUUGAAGAAAUGAGAAAGGUCGUUUGUGAACAGAAGUUGAGGCCAAAUAUUCCAAACAGAUGGCAGAGCUGUGAAGCCUUGAGAGUAAUGGCUAAAAUUAUGAGAGAAUGUUGGUAUGCCAAUGGAGCAGCUAGGCUUACAGCUUUGCGGAUUAAGAAAACUUUGUCACAACUCAGUCAACAGGAGGGCAUCAAAAUGUAAUUCUGCGGCUUUGCCUGAACUCUACUCUUCUUCAGAUCUGCUCCUGGGUUCUAAUUGGGGAGGUCAAUUGUUCUACCUCACUGAGAGGGAAUAGAAGGAUAUCGCUUCCUUUUGCAACAGUGUGUAAUAAGGUCAAUUUAAAACUUCCCAGGAUUUCUUUGGACCCAGGAAACAGCUGUGUGGGUCCUUUCUGUGCACUAUGAACUCUUCUUUCCCAGGACAGUUGAAAAAUGUUGUGUAGUCUACCUUAUUUUUUAUUAAUACAAAACUUUUUUUUAAAGAUGAUUGCUGGUCUUAACUUUAGGUAACUCUGCUGUGCUGAAGAUCAUCUUAAGGGUAAAGGAGCUGGAUCGCUGAGUUAUACGAAGCAUUUCCUAGUUUUAAAGAAAGUGAUUUACUCCUGGUUAGUACAUUCUCAGAGGAUUCUGAACCACUAAAGAGUUUCUUUGAUUCAGACUUUGAAUGUACUGUUCUAUAAAUUUCAGGAUCUUAAAAGUAACGUUUAUAAAACUCUUAUCUUGAGUCUAAAAACGACCUCAUAUAGUAGUGAGGAACAUAAUUUAUGCAAUUGUGUUUUGUAUACUAUUAUUGUUCUUUCACAUAUUCAGAACAUUACAUGCCUUCAAAAUGGGAUUGUACUAUACCAGUAAGUGCCACUUCUGUGUCUUUCUAAUGGAAACGAGUAGAAUUGCUUAAAGCCUGUGCUUGUUAAAACCUGUAGUGUUUCAAUUCAAAAAGUUUAUUUACCUGGUAACCCAGACUUUUUCUGUUUUGUUUUUUUGGAAGAGGUUUUGUGGUAUGUCAUUGGGUGUUCCAUUUUGAAAAUGCCUUUCUUCUACCAGAAUGUGCUUAAACCACUAAAGAAACGAAGUGGCAUUAAUCGGUAAAUUGUUAUCAUGGUCAUGUUUGAAUAGUCUCACAUCAAGUUGUUGCAUUUUAGUUGUGUCGUCUCAGUAUACUAUAAAAAACAUCGAGUGGCACUCAAGAUGCUUCUAGUACUUUAAUUUAAAAUUGGAGCAUACAGACUAAUUUUUCUAAAAGGGAAAAUUUGUCUAGCUGCUUGUGAAAAGCUGUGUGGCAUUCUGUAAGCCAUUUGUUCUUUAUCUGAUCAAAGACAGUGUUAUUUUUUUAAGAAAUGAAUUAUGUUUAAAGCUAGAGUAUGGUUAAUGUUAAAUGAUAGGCCUUUUUCUAGGAGGGUAAAGGUAGUUAAUAAUUGGAGUAGACAACAGGUGUGCAAGAGAGUCACAUUUGUCAUGUAGGAGUCAUUGUCCAGUGGGUUUUCUGUCUCUGUAACUAGGGUUAGAUUUGGCGUGGUUUUGAGGUCUCACUACAUUUUGAAGAAGGCAGCUUUUAAUUCCGUCUUUCCUUCUGUGUGCAGAUAUUUUAACUGCUUAAUUUACAUGGUUAUAUAAUAGACUCAGUACACUCUUGAUACUUGCGAGAGUGGUAGCUAAAGCAUAUUCUGAGUAUAGAUUCUCCAUUUACAGGUGUUUUUGGUCAGAUUAAAUGUUUCAAAUAAACUGGUUAUGGUCUUCUCACAUUAAGUUGAAACUAGCUUAUAAUGACCGGUUUUUACUUCCAGUGCUAAAUCUCUUUGCAGGGCUUACACAGUUUUUGAAGUUUUCUUUAUCACUGUGAUCUUAUUCCAGGGGGGUUGCGGGGGGGCAAACUGUCUAAGUUAUGAGGCAAGACACUGACUUCAUAGUGCUAUCGAUUUCCCAAUGCAAGGGGCAGAAUAACCUUUACAGCGUUUAGGUCAGUGAGAGAUAGUGGCCAUUUACGCCGACUGAGCUGCAUUCUGAUAAUGUCUUAUCUUUUAUUCAUAGAAUAAAUUUGAAAGACUCUUUUGGUCUUAAAACCAAAGUAAUUUUAGAAAGAAUAGCAUUACAUAGGAAUUUAGUGUCAAUUUCAUGUGUUUAAAACAUCCUGGGGAAAAUGUGCUUAGAGGUUAAUAUUUUGACUCCAAAUUUGAGUUUUUUUCUGUUGUUACCGUGAUUUCAUCAAAGCAAAUAUAUGAGUUUGAGAGGUUUGUUUUUAUAAUUGUGUUAUAUUUCUUGUUUAAAAAUCUCUAGCUCUGUGAUUAGGCGCUCUUUUUAUUUUUCUUUGCCAUUUCUAAGCCUACCAGAUCUUUAUGAAAUCCAGGGGACCAAUGCAUUUUAUCACUAAAACUAUUUUUAUAUAAUUUUAAGAACAUACCAAAAGUUCUCGUCUGAUUUAAAGUUGUGAUACAUGAUUUCUCAGUUUCAUAUAGGGUAAUCAGUUUUUGCUAAAGAUGUUCUUCAUUAAAUCAAAGAUUGAGUUACAGCUAUACCUUUCUUAAGUGAAUAAAAUGCACUUUUGAUGAAUCAGGGAAUUUUUUUAAAAGUUGGAUUUAGUUCUAAAUUGGGUUUACAUAUUACUGCAGCUAAUUCCUAUUUUGGCUAAUGACAGUUUGAUAAAAUUCAACUGGCUAAUACUGAAAAUGAAAGUAAUUUAAAAGAUGAAAUAGAUCAGCCACAGUUAAAUUUGACUAGAGUAUUAAUUUUGUCAUUUGGAAACUCAGGCCUUUGUUUCUAUUGCCUACCUUCAGACGCCCACCUUCCAAGGUACACCUUCAGGUACAUUACCUGUCCGUGUCCAUUUUGUCACUACACCGGCGGAAUGGGACCAGGGAAGUCUGACCUAGUUGGGCACAGAUGCCCCUGCUCCUUCCUUUAAUAAUUUCAGCCAUUUCUCCCAGCCUGCCUUCCUGCUGAUCCCUGACUCAGAGACCACAGCCUUGACAACCGUCCCCUCCCUCCGUCGCCCUCGCCCCAACAGUCUUUUGACCAAACAGCUGCCUUUCAUAUCUAGAGCAAAGUGGUCCAUGGAAAGUGUGGGACAUGCUUUCAUUUCCUUGAUUCACUGAAUGCUGCUGGGAGGGGUCUCCAAGUUUAGAGAUUGGGCAGGGGAUGGCCCUGCUGGCUGCCCUUCAUUGGCUUCAGCCUUGGCUGAUAACUGGCAGCUGUGGCCGUGGGCGAUGUGCCCGCAGCAGUCGCCAGCUGUGCCCACUAUAGGACAGGGUAAGGCCCAAAGAGCUGAGCCUGUAAUUCUGCUGUAAUAAUAGUGCUCAAGAAGUGCCUUGAGUCGGUGUACGUGCCAUGGCUGUCAAGAAUUUUAAAGUUCAGUUCUUACUACAAACCGUAAGUGGUCACUUGGCCAUUUUGCAGUUUAUGCACGAACUACCAUUGUUUUCUCUACACCUGAGAACGCAUAGAAUAUUUUGUAAAACAAAAUGGCAAAGUGCUGAUUAAAAUGUACAACAAAAUCAGUAUCCCAUUAAGCAUGUAAUAUCAAAAGUUUACUUUUAUCCUUGCACUGAAAGAGUGAUUGUAAGUCAGCUGGUUUUUAGUUUCUUGAACGUGGUGGUGUUCUGGCUGCAAGAUGCUGGAGAUUGCAAAUUAUGGUUCUGUUACAACUUGGCAAAAAAUAUCAAUUCUUACCGUUCUGAGAUCCGUAAGAAUAGCUCUGGAUACGUACUGCCGCUUCUUGUGUCUAUUUUAGACCGCCGGGACACCCAGGGCCCUCUGUCUAGGAGUGCUGGGCCUCGGGGACCCUCUGAAGAUUGUCACUACAUUUAAACUUUUCAGUCCCAUUAUGCAAUCCUAUUUGUAAUUAUGAACUUUAAAAAGGUGGUUAAUAACAUUCAACCUGUUUCUUAAAGCUUAAAAAGAACUUCAGUGAAUUUGUUUUUAUUUUUUAACAAGAUUUGUGAAUGAAUAUCAUGAACCAUGUUUUGAUAUCCCUUUUUCACAUUGUGCCAAUAGAAUGGGGUGUUUGAUAUUUCUUUAUAUGUCAAGGAGAUGCUUCAAAAUAUCAAUUGCUUUAAACUUCAAUUACCUCUCAAGAGACCAAGGUACAUUUACCUCAUUGUAUAUAUAUGUUUAAUAUUUGUCAGAGCAUUCUCCAGGUUUGCAGUUUUAUUUCUGUAAAGUAUGAAUAUUAUGUUGCUACAUUACUCAAAUGGUACUGUAUUGUUUAUAUUUUUACCCCAAAUAACAUCAUCUAUACUUUAUUUUCUGUAUUGUAUUUGUGCAAAAUCCUUUUGGCUUUAUCAGCAUAAUCUCUGCCUUUUUAGAUGUGUACAGAAAAUGUCCGUAUAAAGUUUCCUGUAAGUUGAAUGAUUUUGAGAAACCUGUAAAGAGGAGAAACAAAAACUGCAGUUCCCCAUAAGUUUUUAAAAUAUGUAUAUUGUAUUUGUAGUAAUAUUCUGAAUGAACUGUAAAUAGGAAGUAGAAGAGUGAUACUUAUGUCAAGUCCUAACACUACAGUAGAAAAAUGAAAACAAUGCAAAUAAAUUACUUUUCCCUCCAAGUACUAGUGGCGUAAUUUAAAAUAAAGUGUG